UCGACUCGGCGGACAAUGCAUGGCAAGCGUGAUCGCCGCAUCGCCGAUCGUAAUUCUCCUGGCUCCACGGAGCAGAAGCAGGAUAUAUGCGUUCUGCUUGAUCACAUCCAUGGGUUCUACAAGGCGGCGCUCGAUCGGCUUCCGAUGGGAGCGGUUCCCUCGCUGGCCCCGCGCCUCCUCAAGGCCGGCAUGCCCUUCGGAUUCCUCGACCCGGUCUCCAACAUCAUCGCCAACACCGUCGCCUACGCCCCUUCACCGUCGCCUGGAUCUGAUGACGAGGAUGAGGAGGAGGCGCCGGCGCCGGAGUGGAUCCUCUCCAAGAUCAUCACCGACACAAGCGACAGAUUCGUCUUCGAACUACCGCUUUGCCGGCACAGGUCCCAUGGCAUGACCAUCGCGCGGCGGUCGCUGGACGGUCUUGUCAACUUCCUCACCACCCGCUUCCCCUAUCUGUAUGCUAGGGAAGCCCUCAGCUACCUGCUCCUGAGCAGGGCCGACCAUCGCGCCGCCGUGCGCCUCAUCGAGCGAGAUCGUAACAAGCGGCGCAGCGCGUCGACCAUCACCUACCGUACCACCAUGGUCGCCUUGGAAUGUGCCGCCGUGUGUGCGAGGCAUCCUAAACCGAAUGUCCUGGUGAAAGUGUCGCUGAUUACGGCCUCUCGCCUGUCCGAUGUCACUACGCUUCUUGCCGGACAAGACCCUCUCUCGCGUGCAACCCUCGAGAGCCUUGCCGAUUUGCUCAAGCAAGAGCCUGCGAGCAUGGAUGAUCCCACCAUGUUAUCACUGGAUCAUCUUUGUGGCAAGGAGAAGAAGAAGAAUAAGAAGAGGAAGAGAAGCCAGCAGACAUCAGAAUCCAUAGAGGGGAGUAGGCCACAUAAGAGGAGGCUUGGGCCUCAGUUGACAUUCAGAUCCACACUGUCUCUGAAGCUGCUGCUCCUCGGCAAGAUCCAUGCUCACUACUUACGGGCACUUGCCAAGCUGCCUCGGGAUGGCCUGCGCAAGCGUCACCACUGCAGCCUCCUCAAGGGUGGGUAUUGCUAUGGCCCCAGGGAUCCUGUCUCCAACAUCAUCCUCAACACCACCUGGUACGGCUCUAUGUUCCCUACGCCCCAGAAGUUCGAGCUGCAAUUCAAGGUGGACAUGAUAUGCACACGCAUGCUUGCACGCAUCGAGUGCUGCUGUUUUUACGGCCUCGUUACCUUCCUUCGAGCCUGCGCUCCCACCAUUACGGAGCACGACGCUAUCUGGUAUCUUUUCAGGAGCGACGCCAAUGUCCACAAGGCCAUCCGCAAGUUAAAGAAGCGUGGUCAUGCUGUGUGUGACAAUUACCAGGACGCCUAUAGGCAAGCGGCGGUUGUCUCAUGGCAUGUCGACCCUGACGCGCUGGUGAAAUUUGCCACGUCUUCCUUGAGCAUGGAGUCUGACAAGCUGCCAGCUAUUUUACGGGGCACGCUCACCAACGAUUGCAGUUGAAUGCCUCGCCAUGGCUCUGCCACAUACCAAGUCCGAGGAGCAAACUCAGCAACUGAACCGGGUGACCUCAAGCUCACAUGUCUUGAGCAAAAAACAGAAGAGGUUCAUUUCAGAGUUCCAGAAAAAAUUUAGGCGCGACAAAAACUUCUUUGUCAAAAAGGUCAAGGCGGCAUUGAGCGGCUACUGUCGGCAAAAAGGGGAUGGUGCAUUUGCCUCUAUUUUUCGUUUUAUUGCUUCUGAAUUCUAACAUGCAUCAAUUUGUCUUCCAUAUGCUAAAAUUCUUUUUUUUCCACUGAUGGGCUGCCCUCUUCUGCAUUGUUACGUACAGGUUCACUAUAAACUUCAUACCAUUUGCGGUGUGAAUCCUAGAGUACCUGACGGGCCAAGUGUUGCUCUCUAUAAGAAGAGGUUCCAAUUUGAGUACUUCCAUGUCAAUUUCUUGGCAACCACUAAUGGACCAAAUUCCGCUGUCACAGCUCCAGAACUGUUCUUCGCUCAAUGUAGCAAUAGUGUUAAAGUUAUGCGGGACAGACCAUCCUGGUGCACCCCUGUAUCAGAUUCUUGCAUAGAUAAUGGUAUGCUCUCAGCUCUGUAUCUCGUGGAAAUUUCAUCAUGUCAUUGUUUUCGAGCUAUUGACAAGAUUCAAAAAGACGGUAUUGGGUGCUUGCU